GAUGUCUCUGUUCGUAUAAAGAUGCUUUACGUUUAAACGUGUGAAGAUCGAUAAAUCUACAAAUAUAUUCCGUUGAUAUCAUGCAUUUGUAAUGGCAAGGCGGGAUUAGUUUAAUUAGAUUUGUAUGUUGAUAAUAAGAGUAUUGGUUUUAUUUACGAGGAGGUAAAUUUGUGACGGUCGAGGUAUGGCUGUGCCAGACCUAACCUAACAAGAAUUCUAGAAGGAACGAAAUAAAAGGGGUUCGUCGUUUCGUGUCUUCGUAGAGUAAUAUUGGAUUAAUUACCAUGGCAACAAACGAAGCGAGCCUGUGAAUUCUGAGGGAAUUCAGAGAAGAAAUUCUGUGCUAAAUGUUACGGCGUCGUUUGGGGAAGCUGAAGAGUUCCAACUAAAUGAAAACAUGACUUCAAAUUAUAAGAAGCAGAUCGGCGGAGGAGCACGGAAAAAAAGUGCCACGAAGUUUGAACUUACGGAGGAACAGAAAGUGGACAUCAAGGAGGCUUUCGAUUUGUUUGAUCCUGACGGAACUGGAAAGAUAGCUACGAAAGAGCUUAAAGUAGCGAUGAGAGCACUUGGUUUCGAGCCUAAGAAGGAGGAGAUUAAAAAGUUAAUUGCCGAUGUUGAUCCGGAUGGUCUCGGUAAACUCUCCUUUGAGGAAUUUAUGAAUAUCCUUUCUGAGAAAAUGGCCGAGAAGGACUCUAAAGAAGAGAUCUUGAAAGCCUUUAGACUCUUUGAUGACGACGAUACGGGGAAGAUAUCAUUCAAAAACUUGAAACGAGUGGCUGGAGAACUGGGAGAGAAUCUCACCGACGAGGAACUGCAAGAAAUGAUCGACGAGGCAGACCGAGAUGGUGACGGUGAAAUCUCACAAGAGGAGUUCUUGCAUAUCAUGAAGAAAACGUGCUUGUAUUAAGGUAUAGGCGUCAAAGUAUUGUCUCCAAAUGACAUGAUCAGUUAAUCGAGCUCUUAACUGGAAACCAAGAUUUUUUUCUAUUGGUACUUUACUGUGUGCUAGUCAGCUUUCCUAUAAAAAACAUUUAUUCCUAUUUGUAACGAUGGUCAAAUGCAAUUGUAAUGCAUGCGACGUGUAUGUUAAGAAAAGUCACUUUAUUUCUGUAUAUUGUACGUAAAAAUCUAAUUUUAUGUAUUCUGAGGAAAAAACGAUCCACGUAUGUCUUAAUAAUAAUACACAGAGUUGAGAAGUAUCAAUGGUCAAAACCACAGACUGAUAUUUGUACAGGCCUAAAAAGUCAUUGAUAUGGCUAUUAUGACGAUUAUUUAAUUGAUGCACUUAUAUGUUGAAUAAACAAUCACUUUCCACUCCUAUGUUGCCGAGAUUGCUGAGUUAAUGAGUUUUCUAAUAAGCUCGGCCCUUUUCUUCGCUUUCGAUAAACUUUCCAAUAAGAUGUCUUGCGAUGUAGGUAUACCUCCUGUAAAGUGCAACGUAAACAAUAUUAUAAAUAGAUGUGAAUAAGUGAUUACUUCAUUAUUAUUUUUUGAAGAAUAAAAGGAAAUGCAAAUAUUCAACAUA